AUGGUGCGUUUUAUGGUCACUGAAGGCCAGGCGGACGUGAACAUGCAGCUGAGACAUAGUGGAUAUGGCAGUGUUUUGGCCAGAUCCGCUGGGUUUGGGUUGCUGGAGGUCACGAGAUACUUGCUAGAAGAGGGCGGUGCUGAUGUAGAUCUGAUUCUGCAACAUGGGAACUAUGGUAGCGCUCUCGCAUGCGCUGUAUCGCAUGGGCGCGAUCAUUUUCUCCGUGGAGAGUUGUUGGAUUACCUGGUGAGGGUUCGACGAGCAAAUGUGGACCUGCCCCUUCAGACCGGCCGUUAUGGGAGUGCAUUGGCCGCUGCCGCCAGUAAGGGUGAGAUGGACUUUGUUGAGUAUCUGAUCGAGAUCGGUGAAGCCGACGUCAACAUGCCGCUUCAAGCAGGUUACUACGGGAGUGCAUUGGCCGCUGCCGUCACUGAAGGACACUUGGAUUAUUUCCCUUGCGGCAGUGCGCUGGCCAUCGCAGCGUACAUGGCUAACGAAAGACCCAAGGACGGCUUUGCAAAGACUCACGUGCGGAUUGACAUUGUACGAGUCCUGCUUGAAGCGGGAGCUUUGGUUGCUCUUGAUCUUGGAAACGGGGAAACUGCAGAUGCUCUUGAGGCCUUCAACGAGGGUUUCAACGGGGCAACGAUUUAUGGCGAGGAUAUCAGUGACGGUAACGGAGAUGAUUUAUAUGAUGAGGAUCUUGAGGAUCUCGAAAAAUCACUUCCUCGUAGACUUGUUAGGCUACGUAAGAAGUUGAAGGAGCAUAGUGUUCUACACCAUGUGCAAGAGACCAGAGAUUAUUGA